AUCCCCUUCCCCCAUUUUAUCACACCAAACACAAAAACAACAACAACAACAACAACAACAACAAUCACCACCAACACAGCAGCGACUCUCCAUAGUCGCGAAUUGCUGCAAUGCCGAGAAUUCGCAAGCCCGUGAAGAUGUCGGUGUCGGGACAAGCUUCGAGGGCCACAUUCAGCUACUCACCGCCGACCCACGUGCGCGUCGGCGUGGACUUUUUCGUGAAGAUCAAGGCGCCCGCCAACGACCACAACGGCGGAUUCGCCGCGGUGACGCUGGUCCGCGUGCCCCUGGGCGGCGGCGAGACCUCGGGAUUCAACGGGUCGGCGGCGCUGCUGGAGGGCAACCUGGUAGGGAAUUGGAAGUCGGAGCCGGGGCGCAGCAGCAGCGGCCGCCAGUACCACUCGAUCGAGUUCAACCCCGUCCGUGUCAACUCCACCGGCUGCUUCUUCCUCCGGGUCCAGAUCUACAGCGCCCCGGCGCACAGGGACGACGGGAGCGCCGUGGUGGAACACGUCAGAGACCUGGAGAGCGAUACGUUCUAUGUGGAACCAUGACAAGCACUGUUUUGUAGGAGGUAUGUUUUUUUUUUUUUAACCAAUCCCCAAUCUCACUCCCCCCUUUAUUUGUUAAGGAACUUGACAACUCACCGGUAAUAGGACAAUGGCGAAAAACGAAAAACAGAAGCAAAAAUCAAAAAAGUCAUAAAAACAUCAAAGCUGAAAAAAGUUAAAACAAACAAGAAAAACAAAAUUAAAUGUACGAACUGCAUGGGAAAAAAACGGGAAUUUUAUGAUGGGAGGGAAAUUUGGGAUACUGUAUUUGGAAAGGGAACGAGUAAUGAUUUAUGAGCUGGUCUAAUGACUGACGACGACACACUGCAUACUGCAUAGAAUUGGGUUUCCUUCGUUGGUACGGAUAUUAC